AUGUCUUCUCAGGUAGUUCUUGUGACUGGUGGAAACACCGGGUUGGGCCUGGAGAUCAUUCGAACCCUGUACCAGUCCUCGAAAGCCUAUAACAUACUGCUUGGCAGUCGGUCCCUCGAGAAGGCGAAAGUGGUUGUGAACGACUUGUUGUCCGAGGCGCGCGAUACGACCACCACAAUCGAACCUGUCAAGAUCGAUGUCGAAGAUGACGCGUCCAUAUUGUCCGCAUAUGCAUUUGUGGAAAAGAAGUAUGGGCGUCUUGAUGUCCUGGUGAAUAACGCAGGCGCCAACUUUGACCGGCAACUUCACAAGGGAGAAAUGACCGCCAGAGAAGCGUGGAACAAGUCAUGGGCAAUCAACACCACUGGGGCACAUGUAACGACGUUGACAUUCAUCCCAUUGUUGCUCCAAUCGGCCGAUCCGCGACUCCUCUUUAUUGCCAGCGGGACAUCCACGCUGACCGGACACGAGAAGGAGGAGCGGUUCACGGACACGCCUCCCGCAAAGGGAUGGCCGAAGCAGGAACUCAGUUGGAGUGCGUACCGAAGCGCAAAGACGGGCAUGAACAUGAUGAUGCGCGAAUGGGCGCGGAUCUUGAAGAAUGACGGGGUCAAGGUGUGGGCUGUGAGUCCUGGUCUUUUGGCGACGGGACUUGGCGGUGACCAUGAGCUGUUGAAGAAGCUUGGUGCGAUUCACCCGAGAGUUGGGGCAGAGGUUGUUCAGGGGGUCAUUGAGGGGAAGAGGGAUGCGGAUGUAGGGAGGGUUGUCAAGAAGGACGGUGUCCAGCCUUGGUAG